AAGAGGCUCAGCGAGAGACCAGAGCCUGGCCGGACGAGGCUGCUCGGUUGGGUGGCAGCGGAUGGGGAGCCGCGGGGCUUUCUGAGCCGACAGCCGAGGAUGCCUCUCCCUGGAGGAAGGAUGCUCUGGGGCUGUGCAGGGAUGCUCCUCUGCCUGGCCGGGUUGCUCCUGCCUCGGAGCGCCGCCUCGCCAUGCCUGGAGCAGUGUAGGUGCUACAUGAACACCUUGUUCUGCCAGGAGCCCAACACCAUCCAGAACUUGGCGCAGCUGCGGGGCUUGGAGAACUUCACAGAAAUAGUCAUUGAGAACCAGAGCCAUCUGACAAACUUGACUCAGGACGACAUGAAGAAUCCUCGAGAGCUGAAGAACCUAACCAUUUCAAGGACGCAGCUGCAGUUCAUUGCACCAGACACUUUCAGAGGCAGCCUGAACCUGACGCAUGUGAACCUGGCCUACAACCAGCUGCGCUUCCUGUCCUGGAGGCUCUUCCACCACCUCCAUCUCCAGGAGCUGGUGCUGACUGGGAAUCCUCUCCAGUGCACCUGCCGCCUCCGGUGGCUGCAGGUGUGGCAAGAGAGCAGGCAGGCCGAGUCCUUGGGCAACCAGUCCCUUCACUGUGUGGCAGAGGGCGAGAAGGUGAUCCCUGUGGCUAACAUGACCAUUGCAGGCUGUGAAUUCCCGAGGGUCUGGAUUGAGUACAACCAGGAGCCCUUGGGAGAGGGAGAGAGCGUCACCCUGACCUGCAACUUCACUGGAGAGCCACGGCCAGAUGUGCGCUGGUUGCUGCCGAACGUCUGGAUGGACCUUCCUCCUCGCAUCACCCAGAAGUCUGAGUCUGAACUCCAGCUACAGAUCUGGAACGUCUCCUCUGACUUCAACCUCCAGAAUAUCACCUGCCAGGCAGAGAACGAAGCUGGACUUGGAGAGGAUGUGGCCCAGCUGAACGUGACGUUUCCUGCCGUGAUUGUUGAGGUGGGCUCCAUCCUGCGGCAGUUCCACAAGGACUGCAUCCCCUUCAUUGUGAAUGGCAACCCCACACCCCACAUCUGGUGGGAGCUGGACGGCGAAGCCCUGCAUGAGAAUGACUUCAUGCACACCAUCUUCUUCCGCGAGGAGAAGAACACCACAAAGGUCCAUGGGUGCCUGAACUUCGACAACCCCACGCACAUCUCCAAUGGCAACUACACACUGCUGGUGCGCAACAAGCUGGGCAACGACUCCUGCACCACCUACCAGCACUUCAUGGACCCCCCUGGGGUUGGCAUUCGUCCAGAGGACCCCAUUCCUGUCUCCCUAUCGCCAGUGGGUGACAUGAACAGCACUGAGCGUGGAGGGCCAGUGGAGACUCCUGAGGAGCACACCAUUGGGAUCUCGGUGGCCGUGGUCCUGGCAGUCUGUGCCUGCCUCUUCCUCUCCAUCAUGCUGAUCAUCCUCAACAAGUGUGGGCAGCACUCCAAGUUCGGAAUUAACCGGUCAGCUGUGUUGGCGCAAGAGGAUGACCUGGCCAUAUCCCUGCAGUUCAUGAACUGGGGCAGCAGCCCCCUUUCCUCUGCGGAGAGCAAGCUGGACGCCCUCAAGACCAACUUCAUUGAGAAUCCCCAGUACUUCUGCAAUGCCUGUGUCCACCACAUCAAGCGCAGGGACAUCGUCCUGAAGUGGGAGCUGGGAGAGGGAGCCUUUGGCAAAGUCUUCCUGGCUGAGUGCUACAACCUCAGCCCUGUUCAGGAGAAGAUGCUGGUGGCCGUCAAGACCCUGAAGGAAGCCACGGAGAACGCCCGCCUGGACUUCCAGCGUGAAGCAGAGUUGCUGACAGUCCUGCAGCAUGAGCACAUCGUCAAGUUCUAUGGGGUCUGCACCGACGGGGAGCCCCUCGUCAUGGUCUUUGAGUACAUGAAACACGGAGACCUCAACCGCUUCCUCAGGUCCCACGGACCUGAUGCCAAGAUCCUGGACAACGGGAAUGGACAGUCCUUUGGCCAGCUGAACCUUGGCCAGAUGCUGCAGGUGGCCACUCAGAUCGCCUCCGGGAUGGUCUACUUGGCCUCCCUGCACUUUGUCCACCGGGACCUGGCAACACGGAACUGCCUGGUGGGCCACAACCUGGUGGUGAAGAUUGGGGACUUUGGCAUGUCCAGGGACAUCUACAGCACCGACUACUACCGGGUUGGGGGCCGGACAAUGUUGCCCAUCCGGUGGAUGCCCCCAGAGAGCAUCCUGUACCGGAAAUUCACAACGGAGAGUGACAUCUGGAGCUUCGGGGUGGUCCUCUGGGAGAUUUUCACCUAUGGGAAGCAGCCCUGGUACCAGCUCUCCAACACGGAGGCUAUUGAAUGCAUCACCCAGGGGCGUGAGCUGGAGAGACCCCGGACGUGCCCCUCGGAGGUCUACGACAUCAUGCAGAGCUGCUGGCAGAGAGAGCCUCAGCAGCGGCAGAGCAUGAAGGACAUCCACAGCCAGCUGCAGACCCUGGUCAAGGCGCCCCCUGUCUACCUGGAUGUCCUCAGCUAAGGCUGGGGUGGGGCGGGAGGAGCGUGAAGGAGGGAGAGGCGGGCAGGUGGGUGCCAGCUUCUCUGCACCUCCCCAGCGCCCACCAAGAGUUGCACGCCAUGAACCCUGGAGACCCUGCUGCCAUG